CCAAAAGUUCACACUUCAGCAAGUGCAAGCAAAAAAAGGUGUGUCUAUUAAUAGUGACGGUCACCUUGCGAAAUUAAUCGGGGCGUCCUUUAGAUCCAAGCGGGAUAUCAUCCGCCCGGAGCAUGAUCAGCGGCCCAGCCUACUUCGCAAGCUUCGAGAAGAAGUGCAGCCAACUGCGCCGCACACGUUGGCACGGACCAGCCGGAGUUCACGUGUCCACUAUAGUAGUGCACCGUCAUACAGUAGGCUAUUUUUACGCCGAAUGUCACGACGGAAAAUUUUCCACCAGACCUUAGUGCAAGUCAUAGUUUUUGAACAUUUUUUCUGAUGUCGGACCUCGGCGGUGGCAGCUUUACCCUACCGUUUCAGCUGCGCUGAAACUAGAAUAUCUCUCUCAACAGCGCUAUAAAUAGUGCGGGCGCGAUUCAGCGCUAAAUUUAGUGUGCCAUGAGAUUGCAAAAUAGCCCAAAUUACAAUACCCGAUCCACGCGAAGCGCGCAGAGUACAGUAAAAACCCCAGAAAUAGACACACAACACAGCGAGUGGUGGUGUGUACAAACCUCACUACCAGCAAACACAGGCAAACUACGUCAAACGGCCAGGCUGGCAAUGCGAAGGGUGUGUGGCAGCAGCAGGCCAUGAACCGUCGUCGUCGUCGUCGCUGUUUGCCUGCCUGCUCUGACCAGCGCAAAGUUUGAACACAAACCGCACCCGUCCCGUUCGCGCUCGUUGAUCACGCUAGGAUCACGCAGCCGAGCGGACGGAAUCAGCUGGUGUUCACGUGAACGGUGCAUGCCCCCAGUCUGAGCGUUUAAAAGGCGGACUUGUACUUUGGACCCGUCGUCGUCGUCGUUUCGUUGACUGAGCGGUGUCAGCGCUCAGCUCCGCUGAGCUCUGCUCUCCUGUUCCUUCUCAAUGACGUCGCGCGCGCGUUCGGUUCUCUCUCUGGGGCGCAGUAAGCCAUGACACAACAGACUUGGCGCGCGCGUUGUUACACACCCAUUUUGCGCGGCCUGCUUUGGGCGCGCGUACGUGACCGAUUGAACGCGUGUUUUGGUCACUUUCCAAGAUGGCCGCGGUGCGCACUUUGCCCACUCGGUGGCCCUACUUCGCGAGAGGUUAAGCAGGCGCUCAAGCGUAAACUGGAACAGCACCAGGCGGCGGCGGUGGCUUCGGAGAUGUUGUCCAAGGGAUUUACGACCCCGAUUCACUCGGAUCAGUCGGAGGACGAAUCUGACCUGCCGCCGCGGAAGCGGCUGUACGUGCGAGAUCCGGUACAGCUGGAGCAGCACUACCAUCACACGUUGACCAGCUCGAUGACCCCGCCCCCGUCGGAUCUGUCCGGGUCGGAGGACGAGAACACCAAGUCCGCUGAAGAUAAUGGACUGGCGGUUCCGCCGCCCCAGCGCGAGUCGGUCAUUAUGCGAAUUAACAAGGACGGGUCGUGUACGGCCGCGCCCAAGCAAACCAAAGAAGACGAAGCGAAUCUGAACGUGUUCCGGUGCGUCAAGUACAAGAUGGGACGACGCUCGCCGUUCGAGAAGCAACAGUCGGAGCAACCGGAGGAGGUCACCGCCAUUCCUAGUCGAGUAUUAGAACCACAGCCCCAGCAGCAGCAGCCGCAACAGAAGAAGUAUCCAGUACCUGUCGUUCCUUCCGCCGUACCUGCUCCAAUGGCCGCGCCCAAGCUCCCUGUGAUAGCGCCCAAGAUUCCCCAGAUCAUCCUGGCCACCCAGAACGGCUUCAUCCUGGUUCCGCCGCAAAUCUCACAAAACCUGCUGGCCUCCAACGGCGCGACCACCACCUCCGGCAAGACCCUCCUAGUACAACACCAGUCCCAGCAAUCCCUCGCUCAAUCCGCCCCAGUCCCAGCCCCCCAAAAGCCCGAGCGGCGAAGAAUCUACGAGUGCGAGCAUCCCAACUGUGGCAAAAACUACUUCAAAUCUAGCCACCUGAAGGCCCACCAGCGCAUCCACACCGGCGAGCGGCCCUUCAUCUGCAAGUGGGCCGACUGCGGCCGCCGGUUCUCCCGGUCGGACGAGCUGUCUCGCCACAAGCGCACCCACACCGGCGAGAAGAAGUUCGUCUGCCCGGUGUGCCAGCGGCGCUUCAUGCGCUCGGACCACCUGUCCAAGCACGUCAAACGUCACAACAAGGACAAAAGCCAGAAGGGACAGCAGCCGUCCCAGCAGCAGGUCCAACCGGCCCAACCCCAACCCAUCUACCCGGUUCCGGUGCAGUUCGUCGCGACGGCCGCGCCCCUCUACUAAGUCUGCUCUUAAGAUUCUGUACAUACACACCGCGCUAGCUUGUUGCACAACUGUUUCACAAGCGUUGCCCGCUUGUGCAACCGCCGUGCAACUUCUCGCAACUUCUGGAACUGACUAGAUUUUAACCUUUUCGCGUCCCCCCUUUGACGCAUCCAAGUAGCCGCAUGUUGCACAGCCGUU